UGUCCCAAAAAUAAAUAAAAACGUUGAAAAAAAAUUAAAAAAAAAAAGAAAGAAACACUUCCAUACUAUCAUUUAAUAAUAAUAAAUGAAAUAUUUUUUCCCAUUCAGAGUGUAUUCUAUCAUUUGUAACUAAUCCCUGAUUGAUAUGUAUGGCAUAUGAGGUCAUCUUUGCUUUGGUCUGUUUAGUUUCAUCUUCCACCAGCCCCCAUAUGCCUCUCUGUUUAUAUUCUUGUGAUGCUGCGUUAUUUUUAUUUCCCUGCCUUCAUCAUGCCAUUUCUUGUCUUAUACCCUGGUGUUAUUGUUUCUUCUUCCUGGAUGUCCUUCCUCAUAUUAUUUACUUCUCAAAAUCCUACUCAAAAAGUUCAGGUAUCACCUCUCCUGGCAAGUGUGUCUUGAUUCUGAGUUACUUGUCACUUAUACUUCCAUAGCACAUUAAACCAUCAUUUUAUUUUCUAUUUUUGAGAGAAAGAGAGUGGGGGGAAAGCAGAGGGAGAGGGAGAUAGAGAAUCUCAAGCAGGCUCUACUCCCAACACAGAGUCCUAUCUGCAGCUCGAUCUUAGGAGUGUAGGAUCAUUCAGGACAUGAGCUGAAAUCAAUAGUCAGACACUUAAGCACUGAGCCACUCAGGUGCCCAUAAACCAUCAUUUUAAUUGCAGCAUUACGACCUUUUAUUGAAAUCAUCUGAUUACAUGGAUAUUUUUAUUACUACCUAUAGGACAGGUAGAGACUGCAUCUUGGGCAUUUUUAUAUUCAUAGAAAUUCUUACUAUUGGCUUCAUUGAGUAAUUGAGUAUGUAUAUAAUAAAUAUAUAAACAGUGACUUUAGAAAAUAUAAAACACUUAAUAGAAAUAUGGGUAGAAGACAUGAGUAUACAACACAUAUAAAAGACAAUACAGCUAUUUAAGACACAACAAAAGUUAAAUAUUAUAGUAGUUAAAAAUUCCAUUAAAAGGUAUGAUGAGAUACUAUUUUAAGCCCUGUAGAUUACCAAAAAAAAAUCCCAAACUAUUGAAAGCAUCAUUGAUGACAAGAGCAAGAGAAAAAUCAGUAGUACUGUAAUACUGGUGGGAGCAUAAACUAGUAUUAUCUUUUAGGUUCAUAAAAAUCUUCACUGUUUUUGGCCACAUCAUUUCACUUCUACAAUUCGAUUUUAACAAAGUGAUUUGAACUAAUUUUGUUGAAAAUGAUUUAAAAAGAAAAAGAAAAAAAUAUCAUUCAAAAGUAAGCAGCCUUAAGGUUCAUCAUUGGAUCUUUAGAGGGGCAAAUGAUUUUAGCUUGAUUUAUUAUGUUGUUUUAUAAUGAAGAUCAGGCUCCUUUCUGAACUGUGGUUGUUUUCAGCUUUGUUUCUUAAACCUUUAUAUAUUAUCUGAGGAUAUCUUUUCUUUCCUUGCCUUUCUUUUCCCUUCUCCUUCCUUCCUUCUAAAAAAACAUUUUCCUUUCCUGUACAAAGACUGUGUAUUACUUUUAGAAUAUUUACAAUGUAAAUAUGUGUUCAUUCAAAAAGUCAACUUUUAUUAUAAGAUAAUUUAUAAAGUGAAUAUAAAAUUGUACAGUAAAUAAUCUAUACUUCCAAAAAGGUUGUGUGUGUGUGUGUGUGUGUGUGUGUGUGUGUGUGUGUGUUUGCAUGUGUGUAAGACAGGGAGAAAAAGAGAUUGAAAAAUUGAGAGAGAAUUCAGUUGGGGAAAUUUAGAUGACUAUACAUGAGCCUCUUUAUGAUUUUUGUGUGAAACAGAGUAAUGGGCCUCUUGUAAUUAGGUCUUUAGGGCUUUAUUUCUGAAGUCUCAUGUUUUAUACAUAUUUCAUUUAUGAAGCAAUUUAAAGUUGUCCAUAGAGGUUUAGAGAGGUCCUUAAGAACACUUAAAUUGUGUCCUAAAGCAUGGAGCAGAUUCUUUAGAUAUUUGUGGAUCUCCACAAUGGGGCAGUGUUUUAGCCUGGGCUUUAUGGGGAAAUUGCCCCAUUCCUAAAAUGUAUGGUUAAGUAUCAAUUUCCUUCCUAUUUCGAACUAGAGGAAUCUAAUGGUGCUUUGUCUGAACUAGCAGAAUUUAUCUUUGUAUUCACACCUGUAACAGUCAUGUGUCUAUAAAUGUCAAACAAUCAGUGAGUUUCUAUGGCCAAAUGAUUACUCACUAGUAGCUGCCUCUUUGGAGGCUCAGCUACUAAUGUGGAGUCAUGAAGAUUGGCUGCAAGUAGAAAAGCAGGACAAAAUCAUCUGUUGCUGCAACCUAGAGAGACAGGCAGUCUCUGGUUUGAAGGUAAGUUACUGCAAAGACAGGAAACAAACUUAUCAUCGGUAAGUAGGAGUUGGGCUGAUGGUUUAAAAGUGUCAAUUUUGAACAUGAGCUGUUUUUCUCAUUGAGAGAUUGAGUGUUAGAAAGGGAAUUUAAGGGUCUAGUGACUGCAAUGUGGUGGGGAGAAAAGAGCUAUGAGACCAAAAGAGCAGUUCUGUAUGCAAAGACCACUGCACAACCAACUGGAAGGAAUUUGCCCAGCAGGAUGAGUUACUUUUUAUUAAUGUUCAGCUUUUUGGUGUGUUACAUCGUAUUUGGACACUGUUAUUUACUUGAGCGAAUUGAGGCUUACUAUAGGGUGUACAGUAGACUGUGUUCUUUGGUAAACAAGUCAUCGCUGGUCCUCUAGCAACAGCUCAGUUCCAUUUGGUUCAUCACUUAAGAACCAGGUGAACUGUGUUCCAGGUACUGUUCUAGGGCCUCUUUAUACAGAGAGAACAUACGAGGAGGAUCCUAUGACCAAUUUGGAUUUUUUAAAGAAACUGAACAGUAUCAUUUUGUGAACUGAAAAAGAAAAUUUACCAAAGCAAUGCAUAGCCAGAAAGACACCUGCUUGGGCAUUAUUCUAGUAUGUUUGCAUGCAGUAUUGGGGACUAUUUUGAAUAUCUGCUUUUUGAUCAGUAGGUCAUAAUUGUAAAAGUGAGUAACUUUUCCUUUUCCUUUUCCUUUUCCUUUUUAUGUCAAGAGGCUUGCUAAAAAUGUUAAAAUAGUCUUAGUCAAAAAAGUUAGUCAUGUGUUUUAAGACAAGGAACACACUGGUACCUUACUACAACCCUAUCUUUUUAUAGAGGGAAUUGAAUUUGAUAUAAGGCAGAACUUGAGAUGAGUUUUGACAUUUUGGCACCUAAUUUUCUGGUGUCCAGAAGAUUGGGGUGACUGUGAUAAAGUGUAUUAGGAUCUGUAUGUAGGAUGAAAUAAUACCAUUUGUCAGAACAUUGUGUGUGAUCUGAUUAAGCUUUUAAGCUACAUGUACUUGAUAAAGAAAUGACUGUUUCAGAGAUGUAAAAAAAAAAAAAAAGAAGGAAGAAAUGAACAGAGAGGCAUGAAGGAAACCACUGACAAUGGGAACCAUUGUUGUGCUAUUUGGAUUAUAUGCACCAGCUCCUUAGUCAUAUAAACAAAUAUUAUGAUAUAAGUGUUUUUAUCUUCAUUCUUUACCAAGGAUGAUGAUAAUCAGAAACGUGCCCAGGCCAUCUAGUUAAGAGGCAGAGAUGGUGUUUGACCUAAGUUUGCCUCCAGAGUCUGUGUGCCUGACAGUGGUAUGGAAUGUGCGUGUUAGAAUAUCAUGUAGCAUGGGGAUAGCUAAUGGAACCAUGGCUUUGGCACAGAUGAUUUUUCACAGGGGUGCAUAUAAUCUUCAGUAUUCAAAGAACCCCUGGUGUACCUAAUGCCUUUGGGGGUCUCAAGUGGUUUCAGACCUAACCCAGAAAAGUAUGACAAAUUCUAUAAGAUGGAAAUCUUCUAAAAAAUUAAAUAAUUUUAAAAGCUAGGGCAAAGAGGAGUUUAAAACAGGAAAAUCAGAUUUGGCUUUGGGUGAUCCCAAGAAGACUAGUUAUGGCCUGAAAAUGAGAAGAUGGAUCCUUAUUUCAGAGCAAAGUGCCUCAUAACAUUAGGUGGACAAAGGAAUUGAGAAUGGAACAAGAAUAAUAGCUAGCAUUUAUUGAGCUAUUAUUUAUUGAGCUAUUAUUUUGUUUGGGGAAUUUUACUACUCAUAAAAGCAAUAAUGCAUUUAAUGGAAAGGAAAUGACAUAGGAUAUAAGGAUAGACCCUUAACCUGGUCAAAGAAUAGUUUACAGCUUGAUGGUGGGACAGGAGAUGGUUAUGGGCCUGAAAAUCCUAAUGAUACUAUUUAAGUAUCUUGAGUAUUGAAAAUUUGACUAUAUUUAGAGUACCUAUUAGUUAGUCUCCAAGUCUCUUGUAGUGUGUAAUACUGAACAAGUUAGAACAAUUUUCAAACAUACAGCCUUGUGUCCUAUGACAAUGGAUGGUUUGAUGUAGUAUAUGUCAUGUAGUGAUGUAAGUGAAAGGAGAGAGAGAGGCAGGCAGUGAAUCUCAAGAGCUUUAAUGUUGCUUUUUAAAUAAUAGGCAAUCUAUUCAUAAAGUGCCAAAAUUUCAAAAAGUAGUAAAAGAUAUACUGUAAAUAGCCAACUUUCCAUUCCUGUUGAUCAGCUAUCCAUUUCAUUUUCUGGUGAUAACUAUUCUUGUUUCUUUUUCUAGAGAUAUUCUAUAUAUGAGCAAAAAUGCGUGUAUGUAUGUGUAUCAUAAUACAUAUAUAAUAUUUUUUCACAAAUGUUAGUGUGUCAUAUAUACUAUUCUGAGCAUUAAUUUUCCAGUUAAUAUUUCUUAAAGGUAUUUCCACAUCAAUGCACAAAAAGGCCCAUAUUCUUUUUGACAGGAGAAUAGUAUUCCAUUAUUUCUAUGUCCCCUUUUCCUGGAAAUGUAAACUGUUUCCACAUCUGCUAAUACAGACAAUAUGUUAAUGAAUCAAUUUGUAUGUAAAUCACUUUACACAUAUGCUAGCAUAACUAGUGAUAAUUACUUACAGAUAAAUCUUGGUCAAUGAUUAUAUGUAUGCUUUUAUGAUUUUGACAUAUAUUUCCAAAUUGUCCUCCAUAGAGGAUGUACCAAUUAGAGUGUACAUUGAGAAUAUAGGAGUUCCUGUCUCCUUGCCCUUAGGAGGCAAGCCAUUAGAAGUGAAACCAUGCCUUGUCCUUAUGAGAUCAGUGCAUAGACAUCUAAAGAAUGAGUCAUGGUGAAAGAUGUAGGAAAAUUCUCUGUAGCUCCCUGUGAUGUUGGUCACUCAGUUUCUUGAAAACUUUUUUAAAUAUAUGUGUGUGUGUGUGUGUGUGUGUGUGUGUGUGUGUGUAGUGUUUGUAUAUUCAUACUUAUAUGUAUAAUUAUAUAUAAACUUUAAUGUACCAAAUAAAAUAACGAUGUCAAUUCAUAGCAGGCACAACUUAUAUAUACAUAUGUAUGUAUAUUACCAAUAUAUAUUUUAAUAUAUACUUAUAUAUUACAUGUUAUACAUAUAUUUGUUGUAUAUGAUAUAUAACUAUAUAUUGUAUAUUAUGCAUAAUUAUGUAUAUUAUAUCCUUAGGGUAUAUUCUGAAAUGUAGAAUUUGGUAGAAAAGUCAUGCAUUUUUAUCUGCGAUUUUAAAAAAGAAAGAUAUUUGAUAAUUUAUGGAAAUUUAGAUAAUCUAUUACAUUAUAAUCUGAGGAAAAUUCUGCAAAUAUACUCUAACCAAACCAAAAUAUAAAUUAACAUGUGGUCCUGAAGAGAAUAGAAGAGAAACAGAAGAGAGAGGAACCAACAGUGAACAAUGAGUAAAUAUAGAGUGGUAAAUACAUUGAUGAAGAAUAUCCAAUACGUAUAGUGUAAGGGCUGAGAAAGAACUCUCAAAAAGGAUCAUUGUAAGGAAAUUAUAAACACUUCUACAUUAUUUCACUGACUGAAAUUUAGCAAUUUGAGGAUAGAAACGGGGGAAUAAAAGUAUUCUUGUAGUUCUGUCUUCAUUUAAUGUUUGAGGGAUAGUUUAGGAGAUUAGGCAGCACUCUAGUAGAAAAAAAUAAUCAUUAUGAGCAAAUGGUUGGGUCCUGUAAGUCAAAUUUUGAGAGUAGAGAAAGAGAAGAUAUCCACUUACUUAUGGAAUGGUAAAAUUGAGUAGAGUGUUCAAGUUAAUGAAAACAAAUAAGAGUGACAACUUAACCAGCAAAAAUAAGGAAGUGGGAAAAAAAGAGAAUGUACUAAUGUAAAGUAAAUAAGUUAUAAAAAUAAAGUAUAUGGAAAGAAGAAAAUUAAAUAGAUUAAUAACUAUAUUUUAAAGUGAAUGGACUAAAUACUUUCAUAUAAGACAGAGACUGUAAAAGGAGAUUAAAAAUUUAAGCCAGAUAUAUGUUACUUAUAAGUAGUAUACUUAAACAAAGCGAGAAAGAGAAAGAAAAGUUGAAGAUAAUGGGAUGCACUAAGAGUAGGCAAAAGCUCCCAAACUAAGAGGAAACAGGAGUGUAAUAGAAAUAUCCUAAAAGUGGAAAAUAAAGCACAAAACAGGAGAAAGGCCAAUUAAGAACAGUCAUAGUUUAUAAAGAUUAUUAGCCAUUAACAACACAGAAGUAAGCAUAUAAAAAAAUCCUACUUAUAUAGGCAGAACAUGCUUACCAAUAUUUAUAUAUAAUUUAUUAAUUAUAGAUGACAGAAGUUAAUUAUUUCAAAGGUUUGAAUAAUACAUUAAAUAAACUUGAUUAUAUGUAUACAUGUAUGCAUGUAUUGUGUAUCUAUAUAAAAUCAUAUGUCUCUUUAAAAGAGAAUUCAUAUCUUUUGUUAACGUUUACAACAUGGAUCAAGUAAUUGGCUGCCAAAGUCUCCAUAACUAGAAAAUUAUAGGUCAUUUCUCAUGUCAUAAAAUUGGAAAUAACAAAAAUCGAACACAAAUAUCUAAUGACUAGAGUUCAAGAAACACACACUUGGGUAACUCCUGGUUUAAAGAGGAAAAGGAAGAAUAAUUAUCUAGAAGUUAAUGAAAAGAACAUUUCAUAUCAAAAUCUAAGUUUUUAGGAAACAAUGUAUUUUAAGAGCAUGAAUUACAGUUAGCAAUAGGGAAGAAGGGAAAUAUUAAGGAAUUUAGUUCUUAUUUCAUGAAAUUAGAAAAUCCAAAUAAGCUUGAAAAAAAUUUACAAACAAACUUCUUAAGUUUAUAAGACAGGGAAAAAAAGAUUGGAAAGGAUAAAUCUAUCUAAAAGCCUCCUUUCCUUUUAUGAGAAGAUCUGUAAUAUAGGGAAAUGCCUUGUGAGACUAAUACAGAAAAAAUAUCACUUAAGAUAGUAAGGAAAAAGGAGAUAGAACGUCUCACAAGGGAGAGCACAGAUUAUAAGGAUUAAAUGCAACCCUAUGACAACACAUUUGUAGCAAAAUAUAAAGUAUUAAAAUGAAUUUCUCUCAAAUCUCCAUGUUGAAAUCUUACUUCUUUCUGAACAAUCAUCUAUUUUGGUUUGAUAUUUCUUUUGAAACGUUAGUAUUAGAAAAUAUUAGUAAAUUAGAUUACAAGGUAAUCUAGUCUAUGAGCCAAGUUCUCUGCAAAUUGAAUAAUUAAGAAUUUACACUCUGCAGCCAUAUGGCUUGGGGUUAAUCUUAGUUAUACCAUUAUUUAGCUAUAUGACCUUGACCUUAGGCAAAUUACUUAACUUUUAUGUGCUUUAUUUUCUUCCUCUGUUAAUAAAGAUGAUGAUGCUAACAACAGUAAUUGCCUAAUAGGGAUGCCAUUCAGACUAAAUGAGGUAAUGCAUAAAGUAAGCAAUUAGUAGUGGAUUGGCACAGAGUGACAAAUAGUAGUCAUUAUUUUGUCUUUCAUUUUAUUCCUUUAUUCAACAUAUAUUUUUGAACAUCUCUUUCUGUGUCCACUUCACUAUAGGUACUGGACUGUGGAAGUAAACAACAAAAGUACCUACCUUUGUAAAGUUUACAUGCUGCUGGUCAAGACAGAUAGUAAACAUAACAUUAUAAUUUCAAGGAGUGACAAGAUCAUUGAUUUAUUGUGUGGUGGUGUGUAGCCAGUAAAAAUGGUUUAUUGUUCAGUUACACAUAAAAUACAAUGCUAAGUUUUUAUUAUAACCUCUAGUUUACAUAUGUAAUGAUAAAUAUGAUAAAACGGCCAGGCUUCAGCAAGGAAGACUUAGGUUUGAAUCUGACUUAGCUCUGAUAUAUAUUUACCUUUAGUCAAGUUUACUUAAUGUUUAUACUUUAGUUUAUCUGUAAAAUGUGGAUUACAAUACCUCUAUUUUAGCACUAUGAUGAGAUUAACUAAAUUACAUGACACAUUGCAUGUAGCAUAAAACAUGUUAGUUUCCUCUUCCUUGCUUUGGUUCAUUUUUGUAUACUUCUUUUUUUUCUUUAGUCUUCUCCUUUAGAAAUAUUUUUCCCUUCUGGAAGAAUAUGGUACUUGUAAACUAGUACACAUUUGAAAGUAAUCGUAAGAUACACAUUUUGUUUUAACAAAUUUUAAUGUUUUACAGGUAAAAGAGAAACAGUAGAAUGGAAUGGGAAAAUCAAACCAUUCUGGUGGAAUUCUUUUUAAAGGGACUUUCUGGCUACCCAAGGCUUGAGCUACUCUUUUUUGCACUGAUCUUAAUAAUGUAUGUUGUCAUCCUUCUGGGCAAUGGCACCCUUAUUUUAAUCAGCAUCUGGGACCCCCACCUUCACACCCCUAUGUACUUCUUCCUGGGGAACCUCUCCUUCUUGGACAUCUGCUACACCACCACCUCCAUUCCCUCCACACUGGUGAGCUUCCUCUCAGAAAGAAAGACCAUAUCCUUCUCUGGCUGUGCAAUACAGAUGUUCCUCGGCUUGGCCAUGGGGACAACAGAGUGUGUGCUCCUGGGCACGAUGGCCUUUGACCGGUAUGUGGCUAUCUGCAACCCUCUAAGAUAUCCUGUCAUCAUGAGCAAGGAUUCCUAUGUGCCCAUGGCAGCUGGGUCCUGGAUCAUAGGAGUCAUCAACUCUGCAGUACAGACCGCAUUUGUAGUACAAUUGCCUUUCUGUGGGAAUAACGUCAUCAAUCAUUUCUCUUGUGAAAUUCUGGCUAUCAUGAAACUGGCCUGUGCUGACAUCUCAGGCAAUGAGUUCAUCAUGCUCGUGGCCACAACACUGUUUAUAUUGACACCACUGUUAUUAAUCAUUAUCUCUUACACAUUAAUCAUUGUCAGCAUCCUCAAAAUUCGCUCUUCUGAGGGGAGAAGCAAAGUUUUCUCCACAUGCUCAGCCCAUCUGACUGUGGUGAUAAUAUUCUAUGGAACCAUUCUCUUCAUGUACAUGAAGCCCAAGUCUAAAGACACACUUAAUUCAGAGGACUUGGAUGCUACUGACAAACUUAUAUCCUUGUUUUAUGGGGUUAUUACUCCUAUGAUUAAUCCUUUAAUCUACAGUCUUAGGAACAAGGAUGUGAAGGAGGCAGUAAAACACCUACUGAGAAGAAAUGUUUUUAAUAAGUAAAUGGGAAAGGGACAGGUUAUUUUUAUAAUCACAAUAUGAAAAUCAGUUAGAGAAACCAAAGAGCCUAAUAGAUUGGUUCUUUUUGCUGUGUCAAAUUCAUCUCUCAAAUCUCUCAAGCUUUAAAAAUUUUUUUUGGUGCAGUGCAUAAUGAAAAUAAGUAAAUGCCUCUGUUUUAGGAGUCAGUGAUUAUGGUUUUUUCUUAUUGUUCAAGAGCUUGAACGUGAGGGCAAGUAGAGGGGUAAUGUAAUAGUGAGAGAGAUUUCCAGACAGGACAAUGUUGCCCUUUAAAUGCUUUUUGAUAAGAUUAUUUUCAAAACCACUUUAAUAUUUUCUUACUUUAUAAGACAGAAUAAAAACCUGUUUCAGAUUUUUAAAACUGUUAAAAUCAUGAACUUACAAUAUUGUAUUUACUAAAAAAUAUAAUUUACUUGGAGCCUGUUCAUAUAUGUAAUGUUGAUUGUCCUCUGUCUAGGUAGCUGUACAAUAUUAAACUUUUGGUUGUAGUAUAAUAAUUUUUUAUAACUUUUUGUUCAUAUCCACCUAUGAGGUAUUAAGUUAUUAUUCUUUUCUACUUUCAACAUAUCUACUUUGACAGUCUUUUUUCUGAAGGCCUUCUGAUACAUGGGAUCUAACUGCUUUGGAUGCGGAAUUAAAUGACUGAUUUUUAAAGCCUUUUGAAAAUUAAAAGAAAAUAACUACUUAGUGAAAUAUCCAUGGAUAAAAGUAGAGCUAUAUCUUUUCCUUUGUACCACUGACUUUCUAUCCAUGAAGUAUGUUGCUAAUCCAGGAGGAAUCUGUUAUUAUGGAAUGGUGGAUCUACCUUUAGAUGGUUUUUACAUUUGGUUUUUAUCUGGGAUUUCCAUUUCUUUUCUAUGUUAUGGUAACGUUCAGCUUUAAAAACAUUUACUUUCGGGGCGCCUGGGUGGAGCAGUCGGUUAAGCGUCCGACUUCAGCCAGGUCACGAUC